AUGGCCAACCCCAACCCUCCUACCGAGAAUGAGGUCCCUCCUGCCGCCUCGCAACCACACCAGAACCAGGAGCAUGUCCCCAUGUCUGCCGAGGCUAAGCUGGCCACGCGGAAGGAUAUCUCCCUGAAGGAGUUCCUGACCAAGAUGGACGACUACGCGCCCGUCAUCCCCGAUGCCGUCACCAACUACUACCUAACCAAAGCCGGCCUGCCCCCACCGCCGGACACGGACCCCCGCCUCGCGCGCCUUAUCGCGCUGGCAGUCCAGAAGUUCGUCGCCGACAUCGCCGCCGACGCCUACCAAUACAGCCGCAUCCGAGCCUCCAACACCAGCGCCAACAACCCGAUGGGUAACCUGGGCGCCGCCGCUGGCAUCACCGUCCCUGGUCAGGCGCCGGCGGGCGGGAAGGACCAGGGGCGAGGCGGGCCGCUGGGUAUACAGAGGGCGGGCUACGGCGGCGGGGGCCAGGGCGGCAGCCAGAACCGGACCGUCCUUACCAUGGAGGAUCUCGGCAUGGCCGUGGGCGAGUACGGUGUCAACGUGAAGCGGAGCGAGUUCUACCGAUAA